AUGAAGAGCGAAGCCCCCUUCUCAGCAGCAUCUGACAGCCCUCGACCUGCUGAGCUAGGAGAUGCAGCUUGGGGGCCCCCAGGGGGGGCAGGGGGGCCCCUCACAAGCUAUCCGUUGUCUUUAUCUGCUGCAUCAUCUUCUGUUUGUGCGUUGCUUCCCCUUGUAUCUCUCCCUCCUCAGCCUUCAGACUCAGACGGUUUGCUGCUGCAACACUUUAGCUGCUAUACCCUCCUAGCGCGUACGAGGGCCCUGGGGCCCCUAACAAGCGAAGCAGAAGCAGUGCUGCUGGAGGGAGCAGCAAGGCUGCUGCGAUCCCAUCGCAGGAGGCUUAGCAGCAUUCAGUGUACAGACACCCGACGGGUCAGAGGGAGGCCCCCAGCACAUGCUGCUGCUGGAGGAGAGGAGCAGGAAGGGCCCCAGCAAGACACAGCAGGGUCUCCUUCUUUAUAUGCUGCUCCAUACAGUCUUUCUUCUUCUUUGCUGCUGCAGCAGCAACUGUCAGGCCGCGGUGGUGCUGCUGCUGCUGCUGCUACUCUAGCUGCUGCAGGUGCUGCAGCAGCUGUUGAGGGCUCUGCUGCAGCAGCUCCAACCGCUGCUUGUGAGGGGCGCACAUGCCCCUGCAGCAGCUCCGCUGUCUCCUCCACAUUGGGUUUAGGGGGGGUAUUGCUGCUAGAAGAGACACACUUGUGCUUCUGUUUGUCUCGUCUCCUAGUAUGCAGUGUUGCUGCUGCCUCUCUAAGCAGCAGCCCCUCCUGCCCGCUGCGAACCUUGGAGCGCCUGGCUUUCCGCGGUGCUGCUUCAGGGCAGCAGCAGCAACUGCAGCAGCAGCAGCAGCAGCGACGGAGGCAGCAGCAGCAGGCCGGAGGGCCCCUGCGAAGGCCCCCCCGGCUGCUAGAAGGCGUUGACGGGGACUUGGGGGGCCCCCCUGUUGAGGGCCUCUGGCUGAACUUCUCCUUCAAUCCAGCUGCAGAGAAUUGGGCAGACAGCAGCGCUGCUGCUUCAUCCAUGCAGCAGCAGCAGCAGCAGCUGGUGCUGCAGCAGGAACAGCAGCAGCACGACACACGUGAAGGUACACAGGGCACACUUCAACUUGGAGACUCCGUCGAGCUGCAGAGAUUGCUGCGGCUGUUUGGGGGGAGACAGCAGCAGCUGCGCAGCCUCUGGCAGCGCGCUAGGGGCCCCCAGCACCAGGCAGCAGCAACAGCAGCAGCAGCAACGGCAGCAGCAGCUGCAGAGGCCCCCGCAAGAGGGGGCAUCAACUCGCAGCAAGCGUCCCCGACUGCAGCUGCCGCAGCUGCAGCAGCAGCAGCUGCCGCAGCUGCCGCUGCUGCUGCUGCUGCAGCUGCCGCAGCAGAUCCAGCAACCCCAGCAGCAGCAGCGGCGGCAGCAGCAGCAGCGCCAGUAGUUACAGCACCGGCAGUAACAGCUCCAGCAGCAGCAACUCCAGCAGCAGCAACUCCCGUUGCAGCAGCGGCGCCUCCAGCAGCAGCAGCAGCAGCUCCAGCAGCGGCUUCAGCAGCAGCAGCAGAUAGUACUGCUGCAGGUACAUCACAAGAAGCUGUAGAGGACCCAAUAGCUCUUUCCCUUGAGUGGCUGUCUCCUCAGCCUUUGUUAAUAAGUGCUGCUGCUGAUGCCGCUGCUGCUGAGCAUAGCAGCGUGGGCGAGCCCCCUGGUGAGGGGUCGGGCGGAGGUGGUGCUGCCCCUUCAGCAGCAGCAGCAGCAGCAGCAGCAGCAGCAGCAGCAGCAGCAGGUCCAGUGUUAGAGGACUGCUUGGCGCUGUCUGCAGGGGGUGCUGCUGCUGCUGCUGCUGUCCCUGGGGGUUGUGAACUACCACGUGCUCUGCAGUCUCUGCGUGCUCGUCUACAGUCUCUUGUCUCAGCAGCAGCAUCGUUUGGGUGUUAUAAGGGUGGGGUUGCUGGAGAGCAGCGCAGCAGAACAGCAGCAGCAGACGCAGCUGCUGCUGCAGCUGCUGCUGACUCAUGCAUGCAAGCAGCAGAAACCUUGGGGGCCCCCUACGGAGGCCUGAGCGCUCUGUUGGGGGAGCAGAGACAGCAGCAACAGGUAGAAGAGGUAGGAGAGGAAGGAGACCUGCUGCAGCAGCAGCACACAGGAGAACUGCUGCUAGACAGUGUGGGGCUGCUGCAGCACGGAGAAGCCAAGGCCUCGCUGUGGGCGUGGCUGCUGCUGCAGCAAGGGGAGGUGAAGCCGCAGCUGCUGCUGCAGCUGCUGCAUGCAGCUAGGGCGCGCCUGCUCUCAGUGCUGCCCCCAGCCUUUGGAGGACCCUCGCAGACACCAACAGCUGCAGCAGCAGCAGCAGCAGCCGGAGGCGACAAUGAAGAGCUCUGCUUUUCAAGCAGCAGCUCUAGGGGUACCGCACCUCACAAGGAAAGGGGGUCGCUGCUGCGGCUGCUGCUGCAGCAGGCGCAGCAGCAGAUACGAAGGGAUCGCAUGCAGAGACAGGUAGAUGGAGACACGUGGAGUAUGCAGCAGAACCCCCAAGAGAGCCUGCAGCAGCAAAUGCUGCUGAGAGGAGACACACAACAGGCAUGGGAGGCUGUAGGCCUCGCCCUUGACUGUCUCCUCCUGCAUGCGCUGCACGGCAGUAGUCUCUGCUGUCUCUUGGAGUUUAUUCUGCUGCUGCAGCAGACAGCUGAUAACCUGCAAUGCAGCAAACUGUCUCCUCCCUGCCCCCCUGCUGCUACAUUCUCCUCUACCAAUGCACAAAGCCACAGCAGCAGCAGCAGCAGCAGCAGCAGCAGCUGGGAACCUCAGUAUGAGUUUCCCUCUCUGGAUGCUUUGGAGUUGCUGUCUCUGCAGCGACGAUGUUAUUUCGGUGGUUGUUUAGACUCUCCUAAAAAGCAAUAUAUUGUGCGGGGAGGGGGGGGCCCCCUGGGGUCUCAGGGGGGCCCCCUCCGGGUUCUUUCGAAUGGGUUAGGAGGAACAGGGGCCUCCAUCUCGCAGCUGCUGCUGCUGCUGCCAGAAGCAGCAAAUAUUAGCGGCCCUGGAGAUAGUGCAGCAGCAGCUGAAGAGACAGAAGGGGCCCCAGACAACAUUGAGAGCGGUGCAUGCGUGCUGCUGGAGUUCUUGUAUGGAAAUGAACGCCUCAUUCGCCUUCGUAGAGAAAGCGCCUGCAGCAGCAGCAGGAGCAGCAGCAGCAGCAGCUUUGAGGCGCCUGGCAGCAGCAACAGCAGCAGCAGCAGCAGCAUUGGUGAGGAUGCAGAUGCUCUAGUAUUGUACAUUGAAGUCUCUUCUACUGCGUUAGCCGUGUGGGUGCGGGGGCCCGCAGGGGCCCCCCAAAGACCCUGGGGGGCCCCUGAAGGAGAUGAAGGAGAGAAGACAGCAGCAAAAGCAAUGGUUGGUGUCUUUGAAUUGCACGGAGAGCGCAGCCUCACGCUGGAGCUGCUGAUUGACAGGGGAGUUUCGCAGGCAGCAGGUUUGGGGGAGGCAGCAGCAACAGCAGCAGCAGCAGCAGCAGCAGGUGCAGCAGGUGCAGCAGCAGCAGCAGCAGCAAAAGACCAGCUGCUAGAGAGGAUGCAGCAGCCGCAAGAAGUGUUGGUUCUGUUUAUCAACGGCAAGAGGCUUUGCUGUCUCCCUCUCCCCGGUCUUGCUGUGGGGCCCCCUGCGCUGCAGCUGCGACCGAAGCAGCUGCUGCUGCAGGCUCACCUUAAAGGCGGCGCGCUGCUGUUGUCUCCUUCUUCUCCUGCCUUCUCUCCUUCUUUUAUUCAUGAACUUAGGGAGAGAGCUGUUCUGUCAAAUGCCCCCAAAGCCCGCCUUGCUGCUGCUGCUAGCAGCAGCAGCAGCAGAGGCAGCGGAAGCAAGUUCUCGCUGGAGCAGCUGCUGCAGCUGACGUGCGAGGCGGUUCAUCGGCUGUGUUUGAGAGGGGAAGCAGAGGGUCUACUGCAGCGCAGCAGCAGCAGCAGCAGCAGCAGCAGCUCCAAUGCAAACAAACAAAAGAUGGGGGCCCUCGCAGCCCUUUGCGGGCCGCUCUCGGGGCCCCACAAGGUAGUAGCUUCAGGGGACUUGGCUGCUGUUGAGGCUGCUCUCCAGGUCUUAGAGCACCAGCAACGACUCUGGCAGCAACAGCAGCAGCAGCAGCAGCAGCAGCCGAACGCAGUUGUUGCGCCGGUCCGACGUUCUAUCUCUUCUUCACCGUCUUCUGGGGACUGCAGCAGCAGCAGCAGCAGCAGCAGUGGUGGUGUGUGUUGUCUCAGCAGGGCGGGUGGCGUUGGGGUGUCUAGGGAGCGUUGGUUGGUAGAGAGAAAGCGAUGUGUUGCAGAGCAGCAAAGAUGGCUGCUGCGAGCGGAGUGUAUGUACAGCGUUUUGUGUUUGCUGCGCCUGCUGCUGAGCCCCCAGCACCCGGCCUCUCAGGGAGUAGGGGGCCUCCCGCUGCUGGGGCGUCUCUCUCGCCGUUUUAUGAAUUGUUGGUUGUUUUAUUUUGGUGUGUCUCCUCCUGCUUCUGGCAUUUGCUGCUGCAGCGCAUGCAUGCAGCAGCAAAAGGGAGGCCCUGCGCUGCAGCUAGCUGCUGCUCUCUUCGACUCGCAAGGGGCUGCAUGGAUGCUUAAGAGAGCAUGUGCUGCUAUCUUCACUUCUGCUGCUGCUGCCAACGUACGCGUGCUGCUAGACAAGGCCCAUCCUCUCGCGCUGCAGCAGUUGCUUCUCGCCCUCAGCAGCAAACCAAGGCAGCAGGAAGCCCCCUUCGUUCAGGCGUUGCUACAAGUCUUACAAAACCCCACAGCAGGCAGCAUCAUAGUUAGUAGGCUUCUGCAUGAAACAAAGAAUGCGCACACGCAGAAGGGGCCCCAGGGGCCUCCGGGGGCCCUGGGGGGCCCCCCAGGGGCCCCCCAUGGUGCUGCAGCAGAACAGCAAAUCGGGUAUCCUGCACAGCGCGAGCUGCUGCCAGGAUGUCAGUUCCAGCUGGAGGAGGCCCCUAGGGGCCCCCCUGAGCUGCUUGCUGGUGCUGCCGCUGCUGCUCCUGCUGCUGCUGGGCAGGAGCAGCAGCAGCUUUGGGGGGGGGCCCCAACCCUUGAGGCCCUCAGCGGGGGCCCCUGUCGCCUCCGCCUCGUAGGGGCUGCUGAAGUUGCAAUUGGCAGCACAGACAGCAGCGCAUGGGGUGACGCAUGCAGGGCAGCAGGUCGCAGGACUGUGCCUGCAACACCCUCUAGCCUGCAGCAGCAGCAGCAGCAGCAACAGCAGCAGCAGCAGCAGCAGAAACGGCAGGCUGCUUCCAUUGCUCUUCAGGAUGCAUGUGCUAGGCUCGCCUCCCAUCACUACAGUGGCUUCUGGUCUCUGCUUGCCUGUCUCCUUGAUGCUACAGAGAAGCAGUUAAGGGAGGCCCUCAACAGCCCCCAGGUGUCUCCACUUGCUGCAGGAGAUCGCUGCAGCACAGCGCGUUGCUGCAGCAGAAGUGGAGGUGCUGCUGCAGCUACUGCAGCUGCUGCACCUGCGCAUGAAGGAGCAGUUAAAUGCGGCGCGUGGUCUGCAUGCAGCAGCAGGGGCCCCUGCCGGGGGACCCCCCCUCAGCUGCAUGCGUCUCCUGGCUUAACUUUAGGGGCGUUGUGUAACCCGAGACUUGUGGGGCUGCCAACGGGAGCAGCAGUAGGAGGCGAAGCGUAUGCAUGCGCGGAGCUGCAGCAGCUGCUGCAGCUGCUGCAGCGUCCUGCUCUGUGGGUUCCUCUGCAGCACCGCAUGCAGCAGCUUCAUGAAGCGUUUCGCCGAGGGGGAGGGGACCUCUGGUCAGCAGCAGUGGGGCCCCAGGCAGCAGCUCGGGGGGAAGGUGUUGCUUCAGCAGCAGGUGGCGCUGCCGGCGACAGCAGCAGCAGCAGCAGCAGUGAUGCAGCAGGUCGCGUUGCUGCGCAGCUGACUCGGCAUGCAGCAGAGUUGUGGCUUGCGCAUCUCUUCAGGUUCCUGCGGCGUGCGGGGGCUGCACGGGGCCCCAAGAGCAGCGAACGGCAGCGCAGAAGCAGCAGCAGCAGCAGCAGGCGCUGCAGCGACGCUGCUGCUGCAGCGGGGGCUGAGAGAGAAGCCCCUGCUGCAUGGGCUGGCGGUCCUUCACUUCAGUAUCUUUCUGUAGAUGCAGCAGCGUCUCCUUUCAGCAGCAGCAGAGCCUCUGCUGCUGCAAUGCAGUUGCGUGGGGGCCCCCAGCUCCGGCGGGGGAAGGGUGGGGGGGCCCCCGGGUUGUCAUUUGGAGGCCCUUUGCUGCUUUGGGAGCAGCCAGGAGGGACAUCUGCUGCUGCUGCUUGUCAAUAUUUAGAGAAGUUAUUUGCUGCUUCUCUGCGAACAGCUAACUGUCUCCUCAGCCUCAUGCUAGAUGCCUUUCAACUAGGGGGCCCCAGUGCAGUAUUUCAUUUGGUGGGUGAGCCAGGGAGGGGACAAACAGCAGCAGCAGCAGCAGCAGCAGCAACUGCUGGUGCUGCUGCUGCUGCUGCUGCAGAUGGAUUGCAACUAGGAGGGAACUGCGGUGCAUGUACAGUGCAGGCGCAGCAGCUGAGGGGCCCCCUUGGGCUUCCCCCGCCAGCACUGCUGCAUGGCUCUGCUUACCUUGGUGGAGGAGUGCUGCCGCUGCUGAGUUUCUUAACUCCUUUGCUGCAGCUAUUGGCCUCUACUGUGCAGGACAACGAGGGCCCCCAAAGCAGCAACAGCAGCAGCAGCAGCAGCAGUGUGGUGGUGCUCGAGGCGGAGGUUGCUGAAGUAGUGGUUGCUGCGUUAGGGUUUGUGCUGCGCUUGUGGCCGAGUGUGCUGCAGCUGUCUCUUCGCAGUUUGCUGCUGCUGCGGCAGUUGAAUUCUUGCGUCUCUGAGGAGCCGCAGCAGGGGCUGCUGCAUCCGUUGGUGCAGCAGCUGCUGGGGCUUGUUGCUGCUGCAGGCAGCGUGCUGCAACAGCUUAUUAGCAGCAACUUCCCCUCCCUGCUAGCCAGUGUUGAUCUGUCGCAUGCAGUGUCUGCGGAGACACCCGAGGGACAGGCUCUGCAUGCGGUCUCGCGUGCUGUCUCCUCGCUGCCUCCUGUGCUGCUGUGGGGUGCGCAGUAUAUGGCUGCUGCUGAAAGCCACCCGCUGCAGCAGCUGCAGCAGGCGCUGAGGCCGAGUCUCUUGCUGCUGUUGGAUUAUACACCGCGGACUUUGCUGCUGCAGCGUGCUGCGCUCAUCGGUCUUCCUGCUGCUGUAGAGGACUUCCUGGCAGCUACCCAGCAGCCCCACAGCAGCAGCUUCAAGCUUACAAGCUUAAAAGAGCAGCAGCAGCAGCAACAGCAACAGCUUCUGCUGCUGCAUCCUCACGAAGAAGCGCACCAGUCAGGCAGCCUUCGACUCCACUGCCGCGAGAUAUCUGCUGCAGCACUGGGGGCCCAAGGCGGUGCAGCAGGGAACAACAAAGAGGGGCCCACAGCAGCAGCACUUUCUGCUGCUGCUGAUCGUGAUGCUGCUGCUGCUGAUUCUCAAGAGGAACGAGCAACAAAUAGAAAAGCCCUAGGCUCCUUCCCUCUGGGCGUCAGCCACCGUCUGGCUCCCUUCACCGGCUGGCCCUCCGACCCCGCUGUUGCUGCUGCCACAGAAGCAGCAGCAGCAGCAGCAGCAGCAGAAGGAGCAGCAGGGAGAGGAGUUGGAGGUUUGAGAAGCAACUGCUGCCCCUCGCUGCUGCGGCUGCUGCAGGGAGAGUGCGGGGACCCGAAGCUAGCUGCGCGUUUUGCUGGCUUCCAUCCGCGUGUUGCUGCAGUGCAGCGGGCGAUAUUUGCUGCUGUGCUGCAUUUGUUAGGUUAUGAAGAAGACACUGGAGAGGGGGGCCAAACAGCAGCAACAGCAGCAACAGCUGCUGCUGCUGCAGCAGAGCAGCAGAUCUGUCUUGCUGCUUCUGUAUCCAAACGAGCGGUGAUUCAGCUGCUUGCUGCUUGGCAGCGAAGGCGAGCAGAGAAGGGGGCAGCAGCAGCGAAGGAGACAGCUGCAGCAGCAGAGACAGAAUGCUGCAGCAGCCCCACACCCCUCGCUCUCUCUGAAUCCGAGGAGUCGUGCGUGGGCGACGCGUCCAGCGGCAGCAGUUGGCCAGCGAGCCCCGCUCACCCCGAACAGCAGCAGCAGCAGCAGCAACAACAGCAGCAGCAGCAGCAGAUGCUGCCUCCGAGUCGAGCAGAGGAGGCGCGCGAGAUAGUAAACCGCUGCUUCUGGCUGCUGACCUGCUGCCCUCGGGGGCUAGCAACCCCUGAGGGCCGUGCAUUGAUAUCUCGUCGCUGGGGGAGACACCUGAACAGCAGCCACCCUGUGGGGCCCCACACUCGAGAGACAGCGGGGGCUUCAUCGAUGCUGCGCAGUGUCUCCGCUCCCUGCAUCGCGGGGGGACAGAGGAGAGGCUGGGGCUCAGCUGGGGGUCUCUCAGGUACCGGUGGCGCACGCCUGCAGCAGCACCACCACCACCAGCACCCUCAGCAGCAGCAGCAGCAGCAGCAGAAGGGUAUGUGGGGGUCUGGUUCGCGUGUGGGGCCGAGUGCUUGCAGCGACACGCAGCCGGCGGCACCUCUCCGCCAAUCUCGUGAUCGAUGCGAGGAGACAGUUAGCAGCAGCAGGGGCCCCUUGUUGCUGCACAAAAGAGACAGCAACUCAGCAGGGGGCCCCCCUGGCAGCAUCAGCUUCGCUCGCAGUGUACAGAUGCUGAAGCGCUUCCUUCGCAGUGGGCGCCGCCGCAGCAGGCGCAGCGCUUCGCAGCCCUGGGGCACCUUAUCGCGUACAGCAGCAGCUGCUGCUGCUGCAGCAACACAAGAAGCUGCUGCUGCAGCUGCUGCUUCGGGUGCAGGAGGCGAAGGCUCAGGAACGGCCGCCUCCGCCCAUGCUGCUGCUGCUGCAGCAGCAGCAGCACGCAGGAGCCGCAGAGCAAACCCUCAAGCGUGGGGUGUCCUCACGCUGCGGAGUGCUGCAGCACGUUCACGGUGGAUGCAGCUGGGGCGGCGUCGAGGAGGAGGGUAUGGGUUGGGGUCUGCUUGGCGCAGCAGCAGCAGCAGCAGCAGCAGCGGCUCGGGGGGCGUCACUGCUAGCAGCUUGCAGUGCUUUGUAGAGUUUCUCUUAAAUGGGGCGGAUGUACAGACAACGCGGCGUGUGCUGCUGGUGGAGCAGAUGUCUUCUCUUAUGCGUUUAGUUGCUUUGAAUAGCCUAAGGGCUCUGAUGAUUGCGGGGCUUUGCUGCAGCGGGGAGACACCUGCCGCUGCUGCCGCUUGUCUCCUCGACAGCGAGGCUGCUGCUGCUGCCCCCCACAGCAGCUCCCACGAAGGCCUACUUCCUUUUGCUGCUGCCCCACACCGUGUGCUGCCAGACACUUCAGCAGAUGAUGCGUACACCGCAAGAAGUGCUGCUGGCUUCUGCGGCACACGUGAAGGCUUACUAGCAACUGUGGACUCCACAGCAGCACCACUGCAGCAGCAGCAGCAACAGCAUCAGCAGCAGCAGCAGCAGGUGGUUCGGAGCAGCAAGAGGUUUGAUACAGCCCCACCUCCUGCAUGCGCUCGUAGGUUGGUGUCAGGUGGGGGGGGCCCCUCUGCUCCUCUCCCUUAUGGACGGGCUUGCUGUCUCCUUGCGGAGACAGUUUGUUGCUUCGACGGUGUGCUGCAGGUGCAGCAGCGGGGGCUUGACUCAGAAGGCAGCGAGAGCAGCUGCCGCGAAGUUAGCUGCACAACAGCAAGCUCAGAGGGUGGCUGCGCGCUGCAGCAGCUAGAAGGGGGAGGGGGGCGCCAGGGAACGGGGUUGCCGCUGUUGCUGCAGCUGCUGCUGCCCUCACCAGCAGCUGCAGCAGCAUCAGCAGCAGCAUCUGCUGCUGCUGCUGAUGGGCGCACCCGAGGGGUUGCUGUACGAACCCCUUUAAGCACACCUCCCAGCGGUACUGCUAAACGAUAUGCAGGGGUUUUGCUGCUGCGGCUGCUGCACUCAGUGGGGGUCUCCUUGCUUGGAGUGUCUUCCGCCUUCGCAGCUAUACAGACAGAACCAACUGGUAAGGGGGGUGAGGGACGCCGCAGCAGCAGCAGCCGCAGCCGCAGCAGCAACAGCCACAGCAGCAGCAGCAGCAGCAGCAGCAGCGCGCAGCAGCCCUUCUGGAAAUCGCAGCCCCUCGCAGAAACGCUGGAUGCCUCUCUGGGUGAAAUCGUGCGGACGGCCUUCUGCUUGCACGUGCAGCAACACAUGAACGAUAUGUUUUGCUUGACGUUCCCCUACAGCCCUGGGGUUAUGCAGCUGCUCCCCUCAGAUUGCUGCUGGAUGGAGGCGGAGCUGCAGCUGCUGGCGCUGCACUUAUGCCUGGGCAAGGAGCCCUUCGGUAGCGGCAGCAGCAGCAGCGGCGGCGGCUGCUACAGCGGCAGCGCUGUCUUGCUGCUGCAGCAUCUCCUCACCCUCGCCCUCCCGGUCCCUCUUCGUCUCCUCCAUGCUGCAGACAACAGACAAAGAGGCGUCUCCUUAGAGACAGUGCAGUCAAGAGACCCUCAAGAAGAUGCAGCAGCAGCAGCAGGAGCAGGGCGAAACAACACUUAUACCAGAGGAUCUUCCUUUGACGCUGUUGCAGCUGUUGCUACUUCUGCCGCCACACGCCCAGCAGCAGCAGCAGCAGCAGGAACAGCGACAGCAGCAGCAGCACCAGCACCAGCAGCACCAGCAGGAGGAACAGGAGGAUUAGCAGCAGGAGAGAGGGAAGGUCUUGCUUUUAAACGCCUCACAAGUUUGUUUUCUUCUUUAGAUUGUUUGAGUUCUUCACCGUCUCCUCGUGCGGUGUAUCUGCCUUUAGGGGCAGCAGUGACGGGCGCAGCACUGCGGUGUAUAGACAGCAGACGAUGGAGCUCAGAUGAUAUGAGCUUAGUUCAAGAGGGAUUUCACUUAAAAGAGAAGAUCUGUGCAGCUGCAGGGGAGGCAGACGGGCGCGAGGAUGCCAUAGGGGAAGUACGCUUGCAGCUCCAAGUGGAGGGAGAAGACUUGUGGGGUCGUUCCUUUAAUGCUUUCUCCUCCAGCAGCAGCAGCAGCAGAAGCAGCAUAGAGAGCAACUCAUGCUUGAGGCCCCCGUCUUCCUUGUUGCAACGGGAAGGGUUUGUUUUAGAAACAUCUGUUCAGCUCUCUGACUCUCUAUGGGCUCACCUUUGGGUUGCAAAGGGCCUCCUUGUGUAUGAGGCCCCCCCCACAAGUGGAGAGGGAUCGGCGGGGGCAGCGAGAGACGAUUCCCGAUCCCAGAUCCCGGGCAGGGUGGAGCGUAGUAGCUCCACAGGUGGGGGGGUUUCAAGAGAAGAGGUGGAUGGGGGGGCCCUCAAGUUGCCUUCGACGAAUUUGGGGGGCCCCGGGGGCCCCCAGGGUUUGCUGCUGCGAGGAGAGGACCCUUUCUCUUCUUUCCCGUGGGGUGUCUCCUGGGGUCUUGAGGAGAAGGGGAGGCAGACACUCCGUCGAGAGUACGAAGGCGCGCGGCUGCGGCUGCAGCAGAGUGCAUGGAGAGCAUUUCAAGCAGCGUUAUGGUUUGUGUUGACGGGGUCAGAGGAGGAGGCUGCUGAGGAGCGGGAGCGACGGUCAUUUGCUGCUGCUGCUGCUUCCCAGCAGCUGCAGCAGCAGCAGCAGCAGCAGCAUGAAAGGGCCUCUCGAAAAACCCUUGAUGGGCCUCCUUCUCCUCCUCCGACUCCCUCCUUGGGGCUGCAGCGCAGCAUGCAGAGGACAGCAGUGGCUGUGGAUUCUCUUCGUCUAUGCCUUCACGUCGUUCAGCUUCUAGCUGAGCUGCAGACACACACACUGCGAGAUCUCCGGCGCAGCAGCAGCUUGGGGUUGCGAGGGGGUGCUGCAGCAGAUACAUUUCCUCUGUGGUCGCGCAGCUCAACGGGGUUAGGAAGGGGAGAAGGCGAGGAGAAGAAGGAAAAUGAUGGAGGCGAGGCAGCAUUUGCAGCAGAAGCUGCCUUAGUUAGCAGGGCAACGAGUGAAGGCAGCAGCUUUGGAGACAGAGGGUCCUUAGGGGCAGAGGAGGAAGCCGCGUGGGGGGCAUCUGCUGCAGGGGUGUUACCUGAGAAGCUGCUUAUUACGGAGCGCCUUAUUGAUAGAACUUUCAUUUUGCUGCUGGGCUGUGUGCGCGCCUCUUCUGGAGCUGCGCUGCUUCUAUUGAAAACCCUUUUACUCAACUUCAAGGGGCUGCCUGUACACCUGGAGGCUGUCCUUCGCACUCUGCCUGUGAAGACACGUCUUUAUGAAUUGAUGACGGAGUGCGUGAGGCGCCUCGGGCCUCCAGCAGCAGCAGAAGCAGCAGGUGCAGCAGCAGCAGCAGGUGGGGGUGUUUCACUGCUGGGGGCGCCUGGGCCCAUGUGGGGCGGGGGCGGCCAGCGGCUGUUCUCAAGAGAGAGUUCAGCAGACACCUCAGGGUGUCGUCUGCUGCCUCCUUUGCAGGCGGUUAGCUUAGGUAGUUUGCUGCACUCUGCAGGCCCUCUGCUGCAGCUGCACCAGGAACCCCCAGAGGCUGUUGCUGUGGGGGGGCCCCUGGAAGGGCCCCUGUCAGCAGCUCCUGCUGCUGCUGCUGGCCGCGAGUUGCCUUUACGAACGGAAGGGGAGGAGACAGUCACUGCGUCUGGGGAUGGGGCUGUACUACCCGUGCAGCAGCAAGAGACGGCUGUUGGGUCCCCGUGGCCUGCUGCUGCUGGUGCUGGUGGUGGUGCUGCUGCUGCAGGGGGUCCUUCACCUAUGGAAAUAGUUUCUGGAGGUGUAGAAGAAUCAGGAAGCCGUGUCUCUUCGCAUGCAGGGGGUGGAGGCUCGUUUGUUGAGGGAGACGGAGGAGAGUUGUUUGCUGCUUUACCUCAGUCUGAGGUGUUUUUAUGCGGAGUCCCUUCUGAUGAAUUUCAAGCUGAAGUGCACGGAAGAACAUUGCAUGUACUGCGAGCAAGAGAGUUAGGGGGUGUUGCUAUAUGUCGAGCCCCUCUAACCUUCCCUGCUUUGCAGGUAGAGCCUGGAGAGGCAGCAGAUGUUAUAGGGUUUAGGGUUUGGUCAGAAGGGAGGUUUGGAGUAACCGUAGCCCCAGCAGAUUGCGUGCUGUCUGCAGCACAAGACAUCUUUGAACGUAAUGAUGUUGUUGGCUUCCGUACUAGCAGCUGUCCCCCUUUCUGGGGAGAUGUCUUUGCUACAACUGUCUCUUAUCAACCGGGUGAUUAUUUAAGUGUGCGGUUUUCUGUAGAUGAACAACCUAACGGCCAGAGAUGUCUGCAUACUGAAUUGCAUGUCUCUGGGGAGAGCAUCGGCUCUGUAUUGGAGGUCUUUUAUGAUCAGCACUCCCAAAUUGAACAAAGAAGGCGCAUGAAUCUUGUCUUCGUGCUGCAGGAUCCACUCACUCUUGUGUAUGGGGGCCCUGACUUCACGCUGCAGUAUACAGAUCCAGACGCUCUACCCUCGAGCUCGCAGCAGGGCCUCUUAGCAGGUGCAGCGGGAGGUGCUGGUGGGGCUGCUGGUGUCUCUGCUGCUGCGCAUGCAGCAGCAGCACCGCAAGCUCUUGCUCUUGCAGCGAGGCCUCCACUUUCGCAACAAACGCUGCGGUCUCUUCGUCUCCAUCCUCUUGUUAUUCAAAGCCUUCGUCUCUAUCAGGCGGUGCUGCAGGCACCGGAGAAGCCGCUGUUGCUGCGGGGGGAGCGCCGCAGCGCGCUGCAGCAGCUGGCCCUCGCGAUUGAUCACUGCACCGGGUGUCUAGGGAGUGUAUUUGAAAGUCUCUGCUGCAGCAGCAGCAACAACAGCCAAGACCUCCAAGAACCGACAGGCGAGGAAGCCCCACAACGCCUAUUCGGGAGAGGAGACAGUUUGCAGCUUCCACUCAACAGGGGGCUACGCGACAGACGCUCUACCUUUGGCAGAGAAUCCAGCGGAGAGCUGCAGCAGCAGAUGCUGCAGCAGCAGCAGCAGCCCGGCGGGGAAGAUUUGAAGGGGGUUUGCGAGCCGCCGAGGAGACAAACGAGCACAGGGCUGAGGCCCUGUCCUCACCCGCAGCAGCAGCGUGCAGCAAGAGCGAAGCAGGAGAUGCUGCAGGCUUGCAGGCGGGGUGUUGCUGCUUUAGGAGUUCUUUGCUGCGACUGCUCAGGCAGAGGAGAGCUGCAAGAUGUACUGGAGAGAGCAGAGAGACAAAGACCCCCAGGCACCAUCGACCCAGACGGCAUCCAUCCUUCAGCUGCUAGCGGCCCCUCGAGAGGUGGGGGGCCUCCCAGCCACGGGAACGGCAGCUGCUGCUGCAGCGGCAGUUGCAGGAGAAGCAGCAGCAGCGGCAGCUGCAACUGCAGCUGCAAUACAGCAGAGGCGGAGGCCCUGGGUCUUCCUUGGCUUGUAAGCACCUCGUGCCUCCAUCUAUCAGCCGUCGCAGGGUUGAGAGCAGAGGAGUGCGAGGCCUUAACAAUAGCUGUUUGCGAGCUGCUAACGUCUCCUGUUGUUCAAGGGACUCUGCAUCAAAUAGCAGCUGCAGGGCACGUGGUGGCACCCUCAGCAGAGUGGGCGGAGCUGCAGGCCUUGGCGUUGACGCUGGGCAGCAAAGCGGUGGUGGCUCUGUGUUUGCUGCUGCGGGCCCUGCUGCAGCAGCAGCAGCUAGAAGGGGACCCCCGGCUUAGCGAACGAGCAAAAAAGUGUCUCCUUAAGGUCUUCCUAUUCAUGGAACAAUUCUGUCUCCUCACAUCAGGCCUUGCAAGCCAUCAGAUUGACCCCUUCGGGGCGGAGGAAGCACCUGAUUGCUUCCCCUCUGCAUGCACAAGCACAGCAGCCCCAGCUCAACUGCCUCUGUUAGGCCCGCAGCAGCGCAGUGCACGUUCUGCCAGCGUGCCGGACUUGCGUCUCCCUGCAGCAGCUCCUUCCACGCCGUCUGCUGCUGCUGCAGCAACAGCAGCAGCUGGAGGAGGGGCCCCGGCUGGAGGUUCGGGGGCAGUCCCCUCAGCUGCAGCGCCGCACGAGGUGUCGUUGCCAGGGGCCCCUGCUGGUCGUGGGUUUGCUGCUGCUGCUGCAGCGGAGGCGACAGAAGGGGAGGGACAGCUGAAGCUAGCAAGGAUUGCGCGUCUUUGUGGGGUGCCAGAGUGCGUGCUGCAGUGUGAGGAAAUAGAGCCUCUGGCUGUCUCUGGGGAGGCGGUGCUGGCAGCAGGAGAGACAGCGAAGGUUUGGAGUUGGGUGUACAGACUGAACGAGGCCUACAAUGACGCGCUGCAUGCAGCUGUAGCUGCGGCAGCAGAGACAGUAACGGGGCCGCUCGCAGCUGUAGAGAAGGAAAUCGAAGGAGACAUCGGAGACGACGGAGACAGGUCGGAGGGUGCCGAGAAGAGGAGACAGUUGCUUCUUGUCCAGAAGCUCAUUGGCAGGGGUUGGGACUGUGCUGCUGCGAGUUUGCUGCUGCUUAAGCCGCGACAAGAGGGGGGAUACAUUCACUUUAAAGGCCCUGUAGAUGUGCGUGUCUUCAACUAUGAAGGGGCCUGCUCGCUUUGGUCUAGCCGCAUGCUGCAUCGUCUCUUAGAGCCUCCUUUGCGGUGGGCUCUGCGCCGUGAUGCCCUUCACCUUGUCUGUACUAUCGUUGCUCUCUGCCCUGACUUGCUGCUCGAUCGUCUCUACAAAGGGAUAAGGGAUCCUGUGGGGUCUCGCAGUGGGAGCGACUUGAAGAAGAGUAUGCCUCGUCCUGGGGCGGUGAAUCUGGUGCGCCUUCUACGAAUCUGCGCUUACUUCAUUAGCCGGGAGAGUGAUGAUGGGGUGCCGGACUACCAGCAGCCGUUUCGCCCGCACUUAGAGUCGGCGCCUUCUAUGAAGCUGCUGCAGGAGUUAGAGAGCCACAGCAUUAAGGCAUGCCCUCUCUUUGGUUGGCAGCGGCUCUUCUAUAGAGCUGUCUCCACCUGGAAAGAAGAAGAAUGCAAAGAAAGGCUCCAGAGGCUGCUGCAGACAGAGCUGCUAUACCACUUGAUGGGAUCUGUGGGGCAGGUUAUAGGUAACGCUGGGAGACGUAAGAAAACCCCCAAGUACUGCGCUUUAGCGCCUUCGGUGUACGUAGGGCAUUGGCUAAUGGACAGCUUUAUUAGACAUCCUCUGUGUCCUGGAAGGCUCAGAGAAGCACUUGUUUUUCCUCUUUCUUAUUCUUCUCUCUUCGGUCUCCUCAUUAAUGGAGUCAACCUUCCCCUUAAGCUGGGUCUUGAUGCUGCGCGUAUGACGCACUGGAUGCUGUCAAGAUAUACAACAGAUACUGAUGCUUCUUCUUCUGCUGCCGCUGCUCUCGCUGCUCCUUCUCGGGGAUCGGCUGCAUGCGCAGACUCCUACACCUCUUCCAGUUGCAUGCAGGUGCAGCAGCGGGGCCGAAAGGCAUUUGCUGGGUCUUUCGGUGGCGAUGUUUAUAUUGUUGCAGAUGGGUGUAAGCUUGCUGGGGGCGGGCGCAACUUUUUAGGAUAUUUAUUGAGUUAUUUUGAGUGUCUUGGGUUCCUUAGUGCCUCUGUCUUUGAUAAUAUGGAAAAGGUAAAUAACUGGAGGCCCGCAAGUCUCGACUGCUUCUGUGCUGCGGACCUUAAUAGAAUCCAUGUUCGUUACCGCAUCAAUUGCAGCCUUUUGACGCAUUACCUGGUGAAUGCAUGCGUCUCUAUUAUGAAGGCAGACCGCUGGGGAUGUGUCCUAUGGGUGCAGUUCAACAACGCUCGCCUCCUUACUGAUCUUGCGCAGUACCUUCUCGUUGCUGAGGGUGUAGCGAAGGCUUCCUGCUACACCCCGCAGCAGCAACUCGCCCCACACAUCGGGGCUCCCGCUUCGCCCCACAACGCAUGUGCCAGCUCCAGAAGUAGCAGCAGCAGAAGCAGAAGCAGCAGAAGCAGCAGCAGUAACAGCAGCAGCAGCACCAGCAGAAGCGUCGAGGCGCGUGUCCACGAUGCUAUGCCGCAGCGCCGCGACAGCAGAGAUAGCGGCGGUGUGGGUCCUGAGAUGCGCCGGGCUCAGGGCCCCUCUCUUGCUGAAGGAGAAGCAGCCGCUGUCGUUUUCCCUCAGCAGUUUAUGCGGGAUAUACAGAAGAGGCUGGUAAGUGUUUCCAUAGCAGAACCCGUACGGUGUACGCGCGCUAUAGGGAGCAUUGAUUCCCCGCCGGCCUCCUGUUGGCUGCUGAACAUAGAGCCAUUAGAAGGCAUGCAUCGGCGAAAGCUGCUGCAGCACGGACAGCUGCUGCAGCCGCCAGCCGACGCAGAAAAGGAGACAGCCGCAGGGGACGCAACAGGAGAGACAGCAGCACGUGAGGGCAAAGAACAUCUGCGCAAGACCCCCAGGCUUAUCGUGUCUCUAGAUCGCAACUUUGAACUCUUAGUUGGCGAAAGCAGCAACUCCAGCAUAACUCCAGACUGGAUACCUGUUGUUCCCGCAGCCACCACUACCAGCAGCAGCAACAGCAGCAGCAGCGAAGGCGACCUUAUGAAGGACGAGUUGCAUCUGUCUGUGGUGCGGGAGCCUUGUGAGGGACAGAGCGGGCGUGCUGAGUCUGCUGGCGUUGGGGGCCCCUUAGCUCGUCUGGAGGUCUCAAAUUUGCACGGUUGCUUGAAGGGCGGUGGGGUGUAUGCAUGCAGCAGCGUGCCGUUGCAGUGCGGGGCUUCGUCUGCUUCUUGCAGCGUCUGUUUCGCAGUGCAUGCAGCAGCUGGAGGGAGCAUGGGAGAGGUGAAUGCGUUCGAUGAGGGUUUAUUUCCUCUCUCUCGGGUCUUCUUCGGAGCCAUAGACAGCAGACUGUGGAAGCAGCUGCUAGCAGGCAACUGGGACUGCAGCAGCGACGCUGCGCUGCUGCAGCUUACAUCAGGAGAAGUGCUCUGCGGCUUUCAGGAGCAGUUGCCCGGACGCCACUGGGGGCUUCCUGAGGGGCCCCCGAGAGGGGAGAAGCGAAGGGGCCUCCUAGCUUCCUUGCUGGGGACCCAACGAGGGGAGAGGAGGGCCCCCCAGGCGCUGCACUCUAUAGUGGGCUCGCCGGGCCUUAAGCUCGUGCUGCGUGCUGUGGGGCGCCACCUGCUCUGGUUUGCUCAUGAGCAGCUUCUGGCGGCUCAGAUGCUACCUCCUGGAUGCACAGCGGUGGUACCUGUGCUGUUGCUGCGCGGGGAAGGGCCUGCUGCCCGCGCCUCCCCAGCUGUCUCCUCAGUAUGGAGGCGUCUCCUCUUCUGUGCAACUGUGGGGCCCGCCGCUUCCAACUGCCCCAUUGUCGUUCCCUUCUAUGAGGCCUUUUAUUCUCUCGAACCCGCACCAGCGGAGUGUCCGGCAUACCUUGUUGGGGCCCCUGGAGGCGCCGCCUGCUGCAAGACCGAGGGCGUCGCCGCAACAGCAGCAGCAGCUGCUGCUGCUGCUUCUGCUGCUGCGUCCUCAGCAGCCGCUGCAUCUGUUCUGGGAGAUCCAAAAGGCGUUGGAGAACGCGAGAAAGAAGAGGCUGCGGGGGGCCGCCAGAAUGUUGCUUCAGCUGCUGCAGCUGCAGCAGUUGCUCCCCCUGCUGCUGAGGCAGCCGCCACAGCCCAACCUUGGCGGGUCUUUUCUCUGUCUCCUAAAAUACGGGGGGGUGUCAGCUUGCGGCUGCCUGUGGGGGCCCCCGCCGCAUAUUCCUCAGCAGUAUGGAAGUGGGUACAGAGGCCGGAGGCAAGCCGCGAGCCCACAGAGGAAGGCGUUAGUGACAGCCCUAGAGAGGAAGCUGAAGCAGCAAGAGCUGCAGCAAAUGCAGCAAAUGCAGCAAAUGCGGCAACUGCAGCAACAGGCAGCACCGACUCCUGGGGUGUGGGGCCGGCUGCUGACUCCCGCCAGCCCAACCCGAGUGUUGCUCAGGGGGAAUUGCUGCAGCAUGGCGCAGGGGAGGCCCCUCUGCUGCAACUGGGGGGGGGGGCCCCAGCGGGGCCCUCCCCCACGGCCACGCGGGCGGUCCUCUCUUCAGCCCCCUCGACGGGUCAGGGGGCCUCUAGGGGCCCUUCUCCGUGUAUAUUAAACACGCGGCAGCAGCAGGGGCUCCUUAGCAGCCAAAGCGGCGAGACGGAUGAGGGCACCCGGGGGAGCGGUCCUCUUCUGGACGUGGGGUUUGUACACCCGGCGUUGCCUUUCCGGGUGCAAUUUAAAGGCAAUGUCGGUGGGGCUGGAGCACCAGCAGGAACAGCAGCAGGAGUAGCAACAGCAGCAAUAUCAGGGACGCAGAUGGUGGGCAUCGUGUGGGGUUUGUGUCGUUGGCUGUGGUUCUCUAACGGGCGGCUUCUGUGCCCGCUGGACUUGCCACUGGGGGAGCUGAUGCGCCUGCAUGCAAUGGGGGCCCAACUGAACGCACGGGGGGCCCCUAAGGCAUCUGCAGAAGGCUGGCGAGAGACGCAUGUUACCGUUGGGGUUCCGGGGUUCUCUCUGCGAGAUAUGGUGGAGAUUGAAUUUCAACCCGCUAUCCCCGCGCUGCUCUUCAAGAAAAACGAUGUCUAUCAGUUUGGGUUCAGCUUCGACAAGUUCUAUCAGUGGCAGCAACCCCCCCGUGCUGCUCUUCAGCAGCAGCAGCAGAUGCACGUGCAGCAGCAACACCAACAGCAGCACCAGCAGCAGCAGCUUCUCCAACCCCAGCAGGUGCAACAUGAGCAGCAGCAGCACCAGCAAGCGCUGCAGGGGCCUACAUCUGCUGCAGCGAAGGAGAGAGAUACGGUGGUGUUUCCUCCUCAGCGGUUCAGAAGCACCGAGUUGGUUUCUGCAUGCAGCUCUGGAGGUCCCAGAAGCCUGGGGGCCCUGGGGCCCCCCUCAUCUGGUCGGCGUCUGGAAGUACACCAGGGCACAGUGUAUGCACUUUUUCAAGCCGUCAAGGAGCGAAACGUGCGGUGGCUCAUGACUUUCUUUGCUCAAUUCCCAAACUGGCUAGAAGCUCAAGACGCAGCAGCAGCCCCCGGCAGCUGCACCUUCGCAUCGCUGGAGCAGCAACUGGCAACGUGGUGCAGUAGCGGCGGCAGCAACAGCAACAGCAGUAGCAGCAACAGCAACAACAGCAGCAACGAGCAGCUGCAGCAGCACAUCACCGCUCUGUACGGUGAACACGCGCAAGACACUCCUCUGAAGCUGGCGAUUAGAAAAGGGUACAGCGACGUGGUACAGGUGUUGAUAGAGGAGGGGGGAUGCAACCCUGAGGGAUAUGGCAGCAGCAGCGACUGCAUCACUCCGUUGAUGCUUGCUGCAGAGUUGGGGCAGGAUAGGCUAGUGGCUGCUUUGGUGUGUACGUACGGGGCGUGGGUGGACCGGCGCGAUGCCCAUGGGGACACCGCGUUGCACAAGGCGGCGGUUCGAGCUGCUGAAGCUCCGGAGACCAGCAGCGAGAGGCUCAACCCUACGGCUCGGGUGUCUCCAGGUGGCCGCUACAACACCAUUAGGCUGCUGCUGUCCCUUGGAGCAGACGCCUCCCUCAAGAACAACGUAGGCAUCAGCCCUCUAGUGAAGUUUGGAGGGACAAACGUAGCAGUCGGGGAGGCCUCACGUGAAUGCGUUGAGGUGGGGCUUGCCUUGCUGGAGCGUGCAGCAGUAGCAGGGGAGGUGCAUCAGGCGCGGCUCAUAUCUGCUGCUGCCUACAGCAAAUGGAACACCUGGAAGGCAGCCCCAAAACCUGCCAAAGCCGCAGGCAUCAGUGCAUGCGCCCCUUCGAUGUGGGGUUCUCUCCUUGCCAACUGCACGGUAGUGGUCGGGGGCGCAGGGGAGGCUGCUUUGGGGCUGCAUGCGCUGUACAUUGACGGAGAACGCCGCGACGCGCAAGGCGCCGAAGCCGACAAGGCAACGCUGGUGUCUCCUGGUGGGGGGGCAGAAGGUGCAACAGGAGGGCUGCAUGGGGCCCCUUCCCACGCAGGAGGGCUGCAGCAGCAGGUCCAGCUACAGAUGCAGACGGGAGGCAGGCGGCUUUCUUCGCUCAAGGGGCCCUUGGCGCCCUCUAGCAGCAGCGCAGGAGACAAAGUCUCGGAUUUUGGGGAGGGAGGAAUUGGUGCAUGGGCAGGCAGGUCCUCUACAACGAGCCUCAUCAGCAGCAACUCUGCUGCAGUGAGCCCUCCCCAGCGCGUUUCUGGAGCCUCUUCGGGUACAGCAGGAGACAGCCACGCCAGCUAUGGAACGGCCCUCCCAAGCAGCGGCAGCAGCAAGAGCAGCAGCAGCAGCAGCAGUUCGACGGGUUCUGCGUUCCCGUCUUUGCUGCGGCCUUCUGAUGGGCGUCUUCCGUUGCCUGGCGCGGAUGCGCGGACGCUGCUGCAGAAGCUGCUUGUGUGGGGUCUGGAGUUGAAGGGGGGCGUCUCUGGCUCUCCUCGUGUUGAAGGAUCCCCUGCUCCGCUGCGCGCGCCUCUGGCACCCCUCUCCCCCUCUCUCCUCAGCAGCUUAGCGGUUGCGGAGGGACUAGAGGGCGUGCAGACGGUCUUCGUCGCCAUCACAGAGCGCCUGCUGCUGCUGGAGGAGCAGUCGGCAGCAGAACGCAUGCAGCCGCCGCCCCAGCAGCAGCCAGCAAUACCGCAGCAGCAAGGACCUGGCGCUGCGCCUUUGGGGCCCCGCAUGUUCGACGGCCUUGGACACCGUGGAUCGGUGGAGGAGGCGCCCCCAGUAGCCUCUGCAGGUGCUGAUGCUGCUGCUGCCAGUCACAGCGGCGGGCUGCAGCGGCUCGCUUCAUUGGCCGAGGCCGCAGAGAGCUCUGAAGAUCUGUGCGCUUUGCUGCUGCCUCUCGACUCGAUUGCAUGCAGCAUUGAAGGCGGCACCCGGCAUGGCUGGGAAAAGAGCAUGCAGCGGGUUUUGUGGAGGCGGCAAGUGAUGCGAGAUUUGGGCUACCAGGUGUCUUUGGGGGGCGAGGGGGGCGUCGUGUGGACUCCCGACGUGCAGCUGUUGGAGGAAGCCUCCAGCGGAGCAGGGAGCCCGCACGAGCAGCGUCAGCAGCUGCUGCAGGAGGGAACGAUAACCCCUGGGGGUGGCAGUGGCGGCUGCUGGGGCCUGCUCGUGAUGAAGUGUCUUGUUGACACCGAAGUGUACGUAGUGCAGGCCGUUUCAAAUCGCUGGUGUUUAAAACUCGAUAUUUGGCUGAGGCAGCUUGCUGAUUUCUUUGAUGGGCCAGAGGAGGUGCGCACCGUUCACCAUCCCGACAAGCACCACCGGAUUGCAGCGCUCAUCUGGCAGUCAGAUCGAGACAGAGACGCACUCCUCCUUUCUCUCAACAACGGCAGCACCAACGCAUCCGCUUCCCCCUUUGCUGGGAAAGCAAACGCUCUUGAAGAACUGGAGAGAGCCGCGGCACUGAAGGAAGAGGUCUUGGCACUUAUCAGAGGGGUGCUGCAAGAAGUGGAGUUGGACAUUCCUUUAAAGCUGCUGCUGCAGCACGUUAUUAUACGGAGGCUGCGCACUCUGGACCGCUUUUAUACAUGCGCCAGCGAAGCGGUGCCUUCUUUGGCUCCUGUGUUCAAUAUUCCGAAGUUGCCGCUCAACUACUACGGCCUCCUGACGGCACAGUCGGGUUCUGCGUUCUUCCGCGGUCUUGUGGGGAAGGGAGGGGCCCCUAUAAGCCCCUCUCGCCCUGCCUUGACCAGCAGCAAAAUGGUGCUGCAGGUAGGCCCCUCAGACUUGCCGAUUGAAAUGAGCGUGUAUUUGUUUUUGCGUCCGUUGCUGACAAACGAGAUGGUCGAGUCGUUGUGGAGGAGCAUCGUGGAGAAGUUGGGCUAUUCAAGUCGCGAGCAGCCAUCACUGAGGCUAGACAGGGGCCAGGCAGCUACGGCUAAGCUGCUGCAGCAUACCUUGUGGUGUCAGGCUACGAUGCAGCUCCUCUCUGCUACAGCAAACCCCUGCCGCCUCCGAGCCCGCGUGGGCGACAGACCCUUUCUGGUGGUGUUUAGGGGUGAGGGCGCCACGGACUUUGGGGGCCCCUUUCAAGAGUUUCUCUCGGGGGUGGCAAAUGAAGUCAUGGGGGCAGUUGCAGAGACACCCGAUGCGUUCCUCUCCUCUUCCUUCAUGCCUUGUCUGCCAUGUCUGAAUUCGACGCAUGCAAUCGGGCCCCACCAGGACUCUGUCGUGCUUCGCCCCGACCCCCGCGCGGCCUUACCGGACCCGCUAGUUUCAGCAGCGGACUUGAGACCUCCUCCGCCACCAGAAGAGUGCAGCAGCAGCAGCAGCAGCAACAGCAGCGUUGCUGUCAGCCGCCUGAGCAGCGCCCACGGCUGCACGGAGCGCGUCCACGAGGCCGCUGCACAGCAGGCCGAUGCAUCGUCUUGUCUGCAUGCAGUUUGCCGCCCAGGCGAAGGCUCUCCAGCCCCAGCAUCGCCGCACAAUCGCCGCCUUCGCCACAACUUGCAAGCCGAAACUCUGUGGACCUCGGACACCAUUCUGAGCGCUCUUCCGUCGCCCGCCCGCCGCGUGCUACCGCGGGGUCAUGAUCCCGAUGGCCUGGGGCUGCCUUAUAGAGAUGCACUCGUGGACCCUUUCCUCGCGGAGACGGCUCGGCUGGAGAAACUGCAGGGAGCGGCAUCUGCAACAAGCCGAACGGCGAGUACGCCCCGACAGGAAGAGGAGGCUGCGGCUGAUGAUGAUCUGUACAUCCUCAUGUACGAGGCCCUCGGCCGCCUGAUGGCGAUGUGCUUGUGCAUCGGCAGUGCCUUCAACGUGACCUUGAACCCCCUCCUGUGGAAAAAGCUGGUCGCAGCGCCCCUGAGCAUUGAGGACGUUGCGGACUCGGACUGCGUAGCGGUGGAGAUGCUGCGUUCUUUGCGGCGGCUCGCUGCAGUGCCGCCUCAAUUCUGGGACGAAACGAUGGAGGCUUCUUUGUCAGAUAUGACAUUCAGCGCUGAGGACACUCUGGGCAGGUCAUGCGAGUUAGUGGAGGGAGGUGCGGAGGUCCCGGUCAACGCGUUCAACUUGGCGACGUUCAUUCGUCUCUCUGAACGAUUUCGCCUUCUCGAGGGCCAAGAAGGCAUCGAGGCGGUCCUUCGAGGCAUCGCCGCUGUCUUGCCGUUAGGCCGUCUGCGGCUUUUGUUCGACUGGCGGCGAUUCGAGUAUGGUGUCUGUGGCGACCGAGAAGUUGAUGUGGUCAGGCUAAAAGAUCACACGGAGUGUUCGUCAGAACGACUCAAAACGCAGCUUUUUGAAAUUCUUGAAUUCGUUUGCGGUCGCUCGCGUCUACCGGUUGCCAGCAGUGACUGGCGAAUGACAGUGGACUACGAAACUGUUGAUAGCGGCGCUGCUAUAAACGACAACCGCCUCCCUACAGCCGCCACUUGCAGCUUCCGGCUGGUAAUGCCGUUAUAUUCCUCUGUUGCAGUUAUGAGGGAAAGGCUGCUGUAUGCUAUUAACAACUGCACUGCCAUCGACCUCGACGCGGUCGUCGUGCACGAGCAAAUGCAGUUGAUGUAUGAUGACUGA